AUCAUCGGCGAUAGUAGCGAUCGUUGUGCGUUCGAUUUCGCAGCCUGGCACGGUAAAGCAACACACAGCCACGCAUUCUCUCGUUCUUCGUCCACCCAACAGGCAGAGGAAAAGUGAGAGUGCGUUCCGUUCUUUGCGGCAGCAAAAAAGAGGACACGGAGUUUGGAAUCGAACACGCUGCUACAACGCCAGAGGCUUUCCAAGGAUUCUACAGCGCGCAAGUUCACGGUCACGGCGGAGCCAAAAGUGAAGUGCACGUGUGCUGAGUGUACAGAUUGAGGAAGUGAGGGUGGAAACAACAGUGAGAAAGAAAGUGAAACCGGAAAGUAAACCAGCCAGCCGCCCAAGCAUGCUGCCAACGACGAACCUGGUGUGGAUCGCCCUAACGGCGAUCGUGUACCUCGGGGGAAGCUUCGCCGCACUCCCGUCCUCCAUCAAGGUGUGCUCGAGGAACGAUCCCGAGCUGAGCCGGUGCGUGAUCGAGGCGGUGAACGAUCUGCGGCCCCGGCUGGCCACCGGCAAAAUUUCCGACCAGUUCCAAAUUCCACCGCUGGAACCGCUCGCCCUCGCGACGGUCAAUAUGGACCGGGGGGCCGAGCUGAAGGCCACCUUCAGCGAGCUGCUCGUGUCGGGGCCGAGCAAGUUCAAGAUCGACAACUUGAAGGUCAACAUCGAGAAGCUGAUCUUCGACUUUAACAUCUUCCUGCCGAAGCUGUCCUUCAAGGGAAAGUACGAUCUGAAGAUUAAGCUGCUGCUGCUUAACAUUGCCGGCGUUGGCGACCUUUCCGGAGUGAUCGAAAACAACCAGGCACGGGUGAAGCUGCUGUGCGAAAAGUACGCCAAGGACGGCAAGGAGUACGUGCGCGUGAAGAAGCUGGUGGUGCGCAUCCAGAUCGAGAAGGGGCGGUUCGACAUGAAGGACCUGUUCCGGGGUGAUCCCGUCCUCAGCCAGGCCGGCAACCAGUUUAUCAACGAAAACUCGCGCCUCUUCCUGGACGAGCUGACGCCCGGGCUGGAGCGCAGCCUGUCGGACACGUUCAAGGCGACCGCGAACGAGAUCAUGCAGCAGGCGACGUUCGACGAGAUCUUCCCUGCGUAAGUUUCUGCAUUGCAUUGUGUGUCUGUUGGUUUGUGUCGUCCUGGGAAGGAGAAGGAGUGAGAUGAUCUGUGAUUCUGGUGCGUACGAGAUGUCGCAUCUUGGUUGGAGGCUGCGUACACACAAAAAAGCGCAGCGUUUUACGCGUUUAAAAAUGUACCUUUUUGUCUAGGUCUGUAGCUCUAGUAAGACACGGUGUAACCCGUGUGUCUGUGUCUGUAGUACGGUACUCAAUUACUGGGAGGGUAAUAAGUAAUAAAAACACAAUGGUUGUUUUACAAUAAAGCUUAGUGGACGCUCGGAAGCGGAAGUAUAGCA